GCUCCGGGUCCAUGGGGCGGGGGUGCUGCACUUAGGGGCUGGCGGGGGUCGCGGCCUCUGCCACCCCCACCCGAGCUCGCGGUGCUCCGAGCCCGCCUCCGAGGGCCCCCGAACCUUGUCCCCACCCCGGGGUCGCCCUUCGUCUCGGUGUGCUGUGGCUGGGUGUGCUGAGUCAUUCUCAGCACUUCACCGGGCAGCUGGCGGACGUCGAUUGCAUUACGUUGGAAAUGCUUGUUGGGCCCUGAUGUGUAGGGGACGGUGCACAUACACGGUGGUGCAGGGGGCUGAGACGAUGAAUGGUCCUGGAGGACACGUGCCAUCGGCAGGACUUCAACCCCAACGAGUACGACCUGAAGUUUCAGAGGAAUGUGCUUGACCUCUCUCUCCAGUGGAGAUUCGCCAAUCUGCCCAAUAACGCCAAGCUGGAGAUGGUGCCCAUCUCCCGGAGCCGCGAAGGGCCCGAGAACAUGGUGCGCAUUGCUCUGCAGUUGGAUGAUGGCUCCAGGUUGCAAAACACUUUCUGCUCCGGCCAGACACUCUGGGAGCUUCUGUGCCAUUUUGCCCAGAUCAGGGAGUGUCUGGACCGGCCGUGUGAGGCCAGCCCCGUCUGCGUGUACAUGAGAGAUGAGGUGACCGGCAGAGCCGCCUUGCAGAGCACGACGCUGCAGUCACUGGGCCUCACUGGGGGCAGUGCCAUCAUCAGGUUUUCCAUGAAGAGACAUGAUUCCACUGGCAAGCAGGAGCCUGGGGUCUCCUGGAGCAAAAGCCCAGGAAGCCCGACCCCUUCCUUGUUGGCCGACCAGGCAGCCAGCAGCCCUCUGUUUCCACUGAAUUCAGCGGAGCUCAGCCGGGGCAAUGUGAGCCAUCAGGAUGAGGCAGCGAGCCCGGGGGCCGGCCGCGUGGAUGGCCUGGGCCCGAAGCCGGUGGAUGCUCAGGCGAAGCAGAUCUCGAAGGAGCCCACACCAGCCCCCUUUGUUCCUUUCUCGGGUGGGGGACAGCGACUGGGGGGCCCCUCCGGAUCCGUGAGGCCUCUGAUGUCAUCUUCAGCCAAACUGCCAAAGUCCUCCAGCCCUGCAGGCCCCUCCCAGCCAAAGAAAUCGAGGCCUGGCCAGAAGCCCCAGCCGGAGCCGGAGCUGCCAGUGGACCGAGACCCUGUGGUGUGCCACCCUGACCUGGAGGUGCUGCUCCAGGCCUGGCCUGCGGAGCUGCCUGAUGAGUUCUUCGAAGUGACCGUGGAUGACGUCAGAAGACGUUUGGCCCAGCUCAAGAGUGAACGGAAGCGCCUGGAAGAAGCCCCCUUGGUGACCAAGGCCUUCAGAGAGGCUCAGAUGAAGGAGAAGCUGCAGCGCUACCCUAAGGUGGUCUUGAGGGUCCUGUUUCCUGACCGCUACAUCCUGCAGGGCUUCUUCCGCCCCAGCGAGACCGUGGGGGAUUUGCGGGACUUCGUGAGGAGCCACCUGGGCAACCCCAAGCUGCCGUUCUACCUGUUCAUCACUCCUCCAAAAACCAUCCUGGACGACCACACGCUGACCCUCUUUCAGGCAAACCUCUUCCCUGCUGCCCUUGUGCACUUUGGACCUGAGGAGCCAACAGGCAUCUACCUGGAGCCCACGCUGCUGGAACACACCAUUUCCCCGUCAGCAGCUGACGUGCUGGUGGCCAGGUCCAUGUCCAGGGCCGCUGGAACCCCACCCCCGCCGCCAGCCCCUGACCCUGCGCCCGUUGAGUUAGAGCCAACUGCUGAAGAAGGGGCAGUGGGCCCCCUUGAGCCCAGCCCUGGGACGGCCCAGCCAGUGAGGAGGGGUCUGGGCAAGGUGCCCAAGUGGCUGAAGCUGCCAGCCAGCAAGAGGUGAGAGCCGCCAGCCCAGAGGUGCCACUCUGCCAGCCGCAGGACCCCUGCCCACCCUGAGCGGGAAUAAACACGCAAGCCUCUCUUGAGA